AUUAUUUGAGGCGAAAAUAUUUCUUUUAGAAGUGCAAGUAGAAAAGAGAGAAUCAUGUCUUUUAUCCCAGUUGCUCCUGGUUGCCAUUUUCCUAUUCAAAACUUACCCUACGGUAUAUUCUCCACUGCCAGUAACAAUACUCCACGCGUGGGUGUGGCUAUUGGUGAUCAAAUAUGUGAUUUGUCACAAGUCUCCAGUUAUUUCACCGGCCCCCUGCUGGGGGGAGAGAGGGCGGCGACCAUAUUUAAUGAAUCGUCUCUCAAUUCCUUCAUGUCACUGGGUAGACCAGCCUGGUCUGAAGCUAGGUCCACUCUACAGAGACUCCUCUCCGCUAAUGAAGGUGCUUUAAGGGACAAUCCUUUGAGGAAUACUGCUUUUGUUCCAAUGUCUGAAGCUGCAAUGUACCUACCAGCAAACAUUGGUGAUUACACUGAUUUCUACUCUUCAAAAGAGCAUGCCACUAAUGUUGGUACUAUGUUCCGUGGGCCGGAGAAUGCUCUCAUGCCAAACUGGCUCCACCUACCAGUUGGGUAUCACGGGCGUGCCUCGUCUGUUGUUGUAUCAGGGACUCCUAUUAGGAGACCCAAUGGACAGACACGCCCUGACCCAGAUAAACCUCCUGUGUUUGGUCCAUGCAAACUGAUGGAUAUUGAACUGGAAAUGGCAUAUUUUAUUGGUCCUGGUAAUUCCCAAGGUGAUCCAAUACCAGUGGACAAAGUUGAUGAUCAUUUGUUUGGUAUGGUACUAAUGAAUGAUUGGAGUGCUAGGGACAUUCAAAAGUGGGAGUACGUUCCUCUCGGCCCGUUCCUUGCUAAGAACCUUGGCACCUCAAUAUCUCCCUGGGUUGUGACCAUGGACGCUCUCAAACCUUUUAUAUGUGAGAACCCAGUACAGGAUCCCGUUCCAUUCCCAUACCUGAGACAUUCUGAUCCAUUCUCAUUUGAUAUUAAUCUUGAGGUCGGACUCAAAACUGCUAGUAUGUCUACUCCAACUAAUAUUUGCAAAUCAAACUUUAAAUAUCUCUAUUGGACUAUCAAGCAGCAGAUAGCUCACCACACUAUCACCGGCUGCAACCUCAGGCCGGGGGACCUUAUUGCUUCAGGGACCAUCAGUGGGAAGACUCCUGAUUCCUAUGGAUCAAUGCUUGAGCUCUCCUGGAAAGGAACUAAACCAAUUCAACUUGAGAAUGGAGAAACUAGAAAAUUCUUACAAGAUGGUGAUGAGGUGGUUAUUUCUGGUUAUUGUAAAGCUCAUGAUCAUUUGGUUGGUUUUGGUGAAUGUACUGGAACCAUUCUACCGGCUCAUAACUGACCACACCUACAAACUGAUCCGCCUACUUUCUAACUGUGAUCAAGUUUGUUUGAUUAUUACAAAAAUAAUAAUAAAAUAUUAAUAACUAUUGAA